AUGAUAAUUAUUGGCUCUCUAAUUUUGGUACUCGCUGCUGCAACUCAAGUAACUCCAAUCCCUCAUCCUUACGAUGGAUUAUUCCUUGGCCCUUUGAGAAGCAACUACACUCUUGAAUUGUUUAUGGAUCACUUGGACCCUCAAUCCAAGUUGGCUUACCCAUCUGUCAUGCAAUAUUACAACCAAAACCAAAAGUGACUUGGCCUAAUUAUUCACAUCUUUCCUUUAUCCUACAGGCUUUUAUCCUUCAAUGUAGCAUUAGCAGGAAGAUUUAUACAAAUGAACUAUACUUCAACAAAUUUUACUUCAUAUAUUGACAUAAUGUUUCAGAAGCAAGAGGCUUUUAUACAGCAAGCAAACCAAAAUGACUUUCAGACAAUGCAGAAUACAGUGACAUUGUAUGCCAUGCAAGCAACUGGUGCGAGCUUUAAUACGAUACUUAAUGGAAUGAAUGCAUAUGCAGCCAAUAGAAGUCUGAGAAACUCUUAUGACUUUGCAUGCUCAAUAAAGAUGCCAGGAACUCCUUCAUACUUGAUAAAUGGAGUAUGGGUACCUGAUGCUUCUAAUAUUACAACAGUAUCGGGGUGGCAACAGCUAUUUAAUAGUAUAAGUAAUUAA